AGCGGCGAGCCUCCCUGCUUAUGUGGAAAAAGACUAUUUUAAGUGUCAUAAUUAAGUUUAGAAGCCUUGUUUGGGCUCAUUCACUACUCGAAAUAAAAAGGACUGGCUGCUUUUAGCCCCUUUCUGAAGGGGUUGGCUAAGCGCCUCUGCACGUUCGCUUGGAGAAGAAUGUUUUCUUUUCUAGUUUAAUAUUAGAAACUAUAUUUUUACUUGUUUAAACCGGAUUUGAUUAUUCCUGUGGAGAUUUUUUUCUCUCCCCCCCUUCCUAUCACUCCAAUCUUUGUUCAUUGUUCAUUGACUGUGGAAGGCUGCUUAAAUGUACAGAGAGAGGGGGAGGCCCCCUCGCUGGUUUGAUGUUGAAAUAGUAAACCUGAAUGAGGAGGGUGGCUGGAAAAGUGGACAUUGCAGCUUUAAUUAACUUCAAGAUGCUUCAGCGAGGACCAGAGCGUAGUAGUGACGUUGCCUCAUAAAUCUGUCCAGUACAGUGCAUUGCAUUGAACUAUUACAGUAUCACCGUUACAUUGAAUAUUCACUACCUAUCCGGGAGCAGAUUUGCAUAAUUGGAUCUUUUUUUAAAUGAAACUUGUUUGCAAAAAACAAAAAACAAAAACAAAACAAAACAAAAAAAACAAACCCAAAAAAAAAAAACAAAACCAAAAGCCCAAGUGAAAACCGCGUCGAUCUGCAUGAUUAUAAAGGGUUCAAACAUAUCCGAAAAUUGUGACCUUCAGUACCUAUCCUGUGUAUUGUAAGAAUUUCCUCAGCCAGGGAACAGAUACCUUGGUUAAGAAUAACUGUAAAGAAUCUGCAAGAGUUUUCAUCAAUCGUUGAUUAAAGAAUUAAAUCUCGCCACACUCCAGCUAGCUAGAUGGGGAAACUAAGGCAAAGAGGUUAAAGGACCUCUCCCAGGCCACAGUGUGUGUUGAUGUCUGUUCCUGCUCCCUAGACAUGUGCACAGACUACUAGACUUCACUACUCUGGCUGCAGCAGGGAAGUGGGACGCCCCUUUGGCAAUCUGUCAGUGCCAACCUGAGCUGCAUCCUUUCACUGGGUAUUUUCUAAGCUGACUGACAGUCCUUAAAACAAGUAUGCAGUUAAGCUGCUAAGAGAUGGAGGAAGCUAGUUUGUGCCUUGGUGUUUCUUCAGCUGUUCCAGAAGCUGACGCUCAUCUCAACAGCACCAUACUCAAUGGGCAGUAUUCAAUGAGCCAAAAACUGCACCAGAUCACUUCCCAGCUCAGCCAUGCCUUCCCAGAGCUCCAGAACAGGCAGAAUCCAGAGGAGAAGGCAUCUGCACCACUAGAAGACAAAAGUCACAUGUCCAUAGCAAACCAGCCCAUCAGCAGUCAGAUGGCACUGUUAGCAAACCAGCUCAACAGGGAGGUUGACACCAGUUUGAAUGGGCGUGUGGAUCUGCAGCAGUUCUUAAAUGGACAAAAUCUAGGGAUCAUGUCUCAGAUGAGUGAUAUAGAGGAUGAUGCGAGGAAAAACAGAAAAUACCCAUGUCCCCUCUGUGGGAAACGCUUUCGAUUUAACAGCAUCCUGUCACUACACAUGCGCACUCAUACUGGAGAGAAACCAUUUAAGUGUCCAUACUGUGAUCACAGAGCAGCUCAGAAAGGCAACCUGAAGAUACACCUGCGUACUCACAAACUUGGAAACCUUGGCAAAGGUCGUGGAAGAGUCCGAGAGGAAAACAGACUUUUACAUGAGCUGGAGGAGAGAGCGAUUCUUCGGGACAAGCAGAUGAAGAGCAGCCUCUUGCAGCCACGACCUGAUGUGAAAGCACAGCAGCAUACCCAGCCAAUGCCUCUUGCAAACUGCAACUUGUCUGUGCCAGCUAAUCACAACACACCUGAUAUUUCAAACCCUGUUCCCUCUCCAAAGCCAGUCAGCAUCCCGGAAGAAGUUGUUGCUCAGACAGCUGGGUUCAGAUGCACGUUUUGCAAAGGCAAGUUUAAAAAGCGAGAAGAGCUAGACAGGCACAUAAGGAUCUUGCACAAGCCUUACAAGUGUACCCUGUGUGACUUUGCUGCCUCGCAGGAGGAGGAACUGAUCAGCCACGUGGAGAAGGCUCACAUAACUGCAGAGUCAGCACAGGGCCAGGGCUCCAACGGGAAUGGGGAGCAGUCCACCAAUGAGUUUCGCUGCGAGGUGUGUGGCCAAGUGUUUAGCCAAGCCUGGUUCCUAAAAGGCCACAUGAGGAAGCACAAGGAUUCCUUUGAACACUGCUGUCAGAUCUGUGGGAGGCGAUUCAAAGAGCCUUGGUUUCUUAAAAAUCACAUGAAAGUCCACCUGAAUAAGUUAUCUGUCAAGAACAAAUCUCCGAAUGAUCCUGAAGUACCUGUCUCCAUCAGCAGUAUGUCCCAGGAAGCUCAUGCAAACUUGUAUUCAAGAUAUCUGUCGUGUUUGCAGAGUGGAUUUCUUCCUCCCGACAAAACAAGCUUAAGUGAACAAAAUCAAAUCUAUAACAAAGGAGAUAUGCCCAUGAAAGAGAAAGAAGUCUUAGGAAAACUCCUUUCACCCAUUUCUGGCAUUGGCCACAGUAUUGCUGAAGGGGAUAAACAUUCUUUAUUGGGCUGUCUCAAUCUGGUGCCUCCUCUGAAAUCCAGCUGUAUAGAAAGGUUACAAGCUGCCGCCAAAGCAGCAGAGAUGGAUCCAGUAAACAGCUAUCAGGCCUGGCAGCUUAUGGCAAGGGGAAUGGCCAUGGAACAUGGCUUUUUGUCUAAAGAGCAGCAGAUACAGCGCAGCCAUGAAGACACUUUGGCAAAUGCUGGAGUUAUGUUUGAUAAGGAGAAGCGGGAGUAUGUGUUAGUAGGAGCAGAUGGCUCUAAGCAGAAAAUGCCUGCUGAUUUGGUUCACAGCACUAAAAUGGGCAAUCAGAGAGACUUGCCAAACAAACUAGACCCUUUAGAAGGCAGUAGAGAUUUUUUGUCACAUGGUAUGAACCAGGGACUCGAUUACAACUUACAAAGUCAUGGAAACGUAAAAGAAAAGCCAACUGAAUGCCCAGACUGCGGAAGGGUUUUUAGAACAUACCACCAAGUGGUUGUGCACUCCAGGGUCCACAAAAGAGACAGGAAAGGAGAAGAUGAAAUAAUUCAAGGUAGUCUUGAUGAGCGCCGUGGGUCUGGCAGCGAUCAAGAGUCUCAAUCUGUCAGCAGGUCGACAACACCAGGGUCCUCUAACAUUACUGAAGAGAGCGGAGUAGGUGGGGGUCUCUCGCAGACGGGGAGUGCCCAGGAGGACAGUCCACAUCCUUCCUCACCCUCCUCUUCAGACAUUGGAGAAGAAGCUGGGAGAUCUGUAGGAGUCCAACAGCCAGCUUUACUGAGAGACAGGAGCCUUGGUUCUGCCAUGAAAGACUGCCCAUAUUGUGGAAAAACUUUCAGAACAUCACAUCACUUAAAGGUCCACUUGAGAAUACAUACAGGUGAGAAACCUUACAAGUGUCCACAUUGUGAUUAUGCUGGUACUCAGUCUGCAUCCCUCAAGUACCAUUUGGAAAGGCACCAUCGGGAGCGACAGAAUGGAGCAGGACCACUCUCUGGGCAGGCUGCAAGUCAAGAACACAAAGAAGAUACAUCAAGUAAAAGUUCCGUAUUUAUUAGACCAGAUAUACUGAGAGGAGCCUUCAAGGGGCUUCCUGGUAUCGACUUCCGAAGUGGCAUGGUCUCACAGCAGUGGACAUCAGGAAUGCUGUCUUCUGGAGAUCAGCAAGGACAAGCAGCUGGCAUGUCAUCUGAAGUAUCUUCAGACAAUAUGAAGGGGUCAGACAUAUCUUCCAAAGGAACACACUUCUCUGAACUUGGCCGUGCUUACCACAACAUGGUUGGGAAUGGUGUGAACUUUCAAGGGUCUUUGCAAGCUUUCAUGGACAGCUUUGUCCUAAGUUCUUUGAAGAAAGAAAAAGAAAUGAAGGAUAAAGCUCUGUCAGAUCCACUUUCAGCAAAAGCUCUGGGCACAGAUGGAGGUGAGGAAAAGAUCAAUAGCAAGUCCUCACAGCGAAAAACAGAAAAGUCACAAUAUGAACCUCUUGACUUAUCUGUAAGGCCAGAUGCAGCCUCCCUCCCAGGUUCAUCUGUUACCGUGCAAGACAAUAUUGCUUGGCAUGGCUGCUUAUUUUGCUCCUUUACAACUUCUUCUAUGGAACUAAUGGCUCUGCAUCUCCAGGCCAAUCACUUGGGCAAGGCAAAACGUAAAGACAACAUGAUAGGGAACAACAAAGACCAAUCUAGAGAAGCUUCAGCCUCAGUUAAUAAAGUGAGCUUGCUCCCCUCUUCUGUACAGUCCAGCAAAGAGGCAGUAGUUUCAAACAUGCUUAGCCAGCUGGACUCAGCUCCUGAGAAAAUGACCCAAGGACAAAAUAAAGAGACCCUGGGAGAGCAAAAGAGUACUGCCUGGCCCAGCCACAUGGAAUCUACUUUUUGUAAUUUUACAACAGACUUCUAUAAGCAGUUUGGUGUUUACCCUGGCGUUAUUGGCACAGGAACACAAAAUUCGUGCACCAGUAAUGAAUCUGAAAUAAAACCACAACCCGAAGAUGACCCAAAUAUUCUGCUCUCUGACUCUGUAAAUAAAAGUGCUACUGAUGACCUUUCCGACAUAGCUUCAUCUGAGGAUAUGGAAUCUUCCAAGGAGGAAAACAUUGAAGAUGAGGACAUUGAAACAGAACCAGAUAUUAUGAAUAAGCAGUUGUCUGCCCUAAACAAGGAAAGCAGCGAAGGAGGCGACAAUAUACAAAGUGUGGCCACCUCACAACCAGCACAAGGGCUCGUAUCACCACUGCCACAAGCAUCAGAAAAGCAGUGGCACAGUCAGAAUCUUCUAUCCUCCCAUGAAACUGCACAAGGAGUGAUGAAAGCCGAACAAGUUCAGGGUCCACAGGUCCUGGAGAAGCAGAUGAACAUGUUGUCAGUCCUAAGAGCUUACAGCUCUGAUGGCUUAGCAGCCUUUAAUGGACUUGCAAGUAGCACAGCAACUAGUGGAUGUAUCAAGAGACCUGACUUGUGUGGUAACCGGCCCUUCCAGUGCCGAUACUGCCCAUACAGUGCCUCUCAGAAGGGGAACCUGAAGACCCACGUCCUCUGCGUCCAUCGCAUGCCUUUUGACAACAGCCAGUACCCAGACCGCAGGUUCAAGCGCUCCCGGGCAGACUCGGAAGCCCUAGGGAGCAUGGAGGAGGCUGCGGGCCGGGCAGGGGGCUUGGCCGAGCAGGCUGAGGAGGGCGGCCAGGCCCAGGAGUAAGGCGCCCAGCCGGGUCCUCGCGGCAUGGCGGCCGCUUGCUGCACGGGACUCUGGCCGUGUACUGGGCCUGAGGCAGCUGGCUGUGCUGAGGGCAGAAUUGUGUGCCGGCUUCUGGACGUGUACAGGAUGCUCCCAACAUUUAAGUAUAUGUAUAUGGAUACGUACGCAUGCAUAUAUAUAUAUUUACACACACGUGCUCAUAUACGGUCAUAUACCCAUUAAAUAUAUAUCUACAUUUGCACACACCCACAUGAUCCCUCUGUGUGUGUGUGUUUAAGUAUAUAUAUUACACACACAAAAUAAAUCUCCAGCCCUUGAAAAUGGCUGCUAAACUGUUACCUGGCAACAAGUACUUCCAAACAAUGUAGGUGGGAUAAUAAAGUGAUCUAAAAACGCUAGGAGGCCGUUAGUUAUU